GGUUGGACUUAGUUUUUUAUUUCUUUUUGUCCUGACGCCAUGGAUUCCUAUUUUCUAAUAGGUUUGAUUUUUGCUUUACUGAUACAUCACUGCAAAGCUCAAGGCCUUUCAGCCAGCAUCCAACCCUCCGUGGACGUGACCACCCAGGGACCAGAGCUCCUGUCUGGGGUGGCCGUGCAGGAGGACGUGAUCCUGGAGGUGGCUUCCCCCGGCCUUAGGGAGGUGGAGAAGGCUGUGCAGGAAGUGGUGGGGGUUGAGGAGCCGGUGGGCGCGGAGGUGCUAAAGGAGUUGUUAGAAAGAGUGGUGGGGGCCGCUCUCGGGGAGGUGAAAGGAAAUGUGGGGGAGAUGGAAGGAGAAAAGGCAGAGGGUGGACAGGAGGAGGAGGUAGGAGAAGAAGAGCAGGAGGUGGAGGCGGAGGAGGAAGUGGAGGAGGAAAGAGGGUUAGGGCAGCAUGAGGAGGUAGCUGAAGUGGUGGAGUGGGUGAAGGAUGGAGGUGAAGGGGAUCAAACGGAAGCUGGGGAGGAGGAGGUUGGGGGUGAGGAGGUGGAGGGAGAGAUAAAACCUGAGCAUGAGGAGAAGGAGGUUGGGGGAGUAGGGGAGGUGGAGGAUCAGAUAGUGGAAGUCCCUGUAGCGGUUGUGGAGGAAACCGUCAUAGAAGAAGGGGAGGUGGGAAGAGCAGAGGAGGAAGAGGGGAAGGUGUCAGAGGAGGGAGAAGGAGCAGCUGGGAAAACUGAGGAGGUGAUUGCUAAGACAGAGGAGGAGGUGCCAGCUGUAACGGAGAAGGAAGAGGUAGUCAAGAUGUUUGAGACACAGGGAGGUGAGGGGUUAGGCGGGGAGGAGGAAGUGGUGGAGGAGGAUGACUAUGAGGAGAUGAAGACAACGCAGUCGGUAGUGGGGGAGCGAAGGGAGGAGGACGGGAAAGAGAAAGGGGAGGUGGCUGGAGGACAGAUGGAAGACGGGGAGGAAGACAGCCUGGAGCGUGUGGUUGGGGAGGCAGCGGGUGAGGCAUUGGGAAGUGCGGAGAAAGGGGGUGGAGAGAGAGUGGGAGACCAGGAGGGGGAGGGUGUUGACGGGGCGGAGACUGCAGGCCACCUGGGAGGAGAAGAAAGAGGAGGAACAGGAGAGGCCGUUGUAGAGGCGACACCAGGCCCCGUCCAAACUGAUGACCAAGGGGAGCCUCUGAAGACCACCAGCCCGAUCAGCCCCCACCGUCCUGGGGCGGAGACGGUGAGCAACACCAUGGGAGGAGCGGAGAUCCUGGAAGACCUGGAACUGGAGUCGAAUGACGUCAAUGAGAUCAUUACGACUAAGGAGGACCUUUUGAACCUCGACCUUGGCAAGGCCACGCCCACUCUGGAUCACUUCGUGGACGACGUUUCUGCCAUAGCCGAGGAGGCGGAGCAGGGAGAGACCAAUGAGCUGGUGGAGGUUACUACAGAACCAGGGGUUUUGGGUCUGGAGACUUGGAAGAUAGGGGUCAUCUCGGCUGCCGUGUUCCUUUUCUUGGAGGCUACAGUCAUUAUCGUCUACGUCAUCAUGUGUCGGAACCACACCAGCAGUGGCCGACCCGCAGCACGGGUGUGUGAAGUGGGGGGGUUAGCAGAGUGCCGACGAGACCCUCCACACGCCACAGAUGGAGCCUGCCAACAAGCUGGUUCUGAGGUCCCAUCAAACCUGGACUCGCCUCUGAACCACCAGGAGACGGUUGGGGGCAUCCAGAUGAAUCCUCCUAGGGACGACCCCGCUGAUGACCUUGUUGACCCUUUACACGCUGUCAGGACAUCGGUCCUCUAGACCGCCAUCUGACCCCUGUCCUCUCCAGUCCUCAGUCUGUCAGUCUAUAACCCACACGCACUUGGGGGGCGGUGCUCCUUCAAUGCAUUUCCCCAAAUCCCACUUGGAGGAUUCCCGGAGUCAGAGGGAAAAUCGGAAUCUUUCAACCAGGACGUCGGGAAAACCAGUGAAGCAACAUCCCUCUUCAAGUCCAACCUGGAAGUCUAAUUCAUUAUCUUUCCAACAGGGUUCGGGCACCCUGGUAAAAGCAGCUGAAGUCCGUCCUUUAGACGCCAUUUUCUACACAUUACAGUUUCAGGUCUUAAAAUGGUGAAGAAAGCCACAGGUUGUUAACACCCAGAGGGUGACUGUCAGCAUGUACUGGUCUGGAUAGGGAUCCACAGUGUUUGUCUGUGUUAAAGUGUAUGUGUGUGUGUGUGUGUGUUAGUGAUAGAGAGAACAACUUUGAGAAAGCGUGGGAGACAUGUGUUUGCGAAAGAAACAGUGUGAGAGAAUCGGCUUGUGUAUGUCAGAGCUAAAGCGUAUGAAUUUGUGUGUGUGUGUGUGUGAGAGACAGAGACAUUGAGAAACAAAAUGUAUUUGAGAGGAGGCUUGGAGCCAUUGUGUGAACAUGAUAUAUUUAGUCUUUGUAUUAAAUAUAAAUCGUUGAGAAUAGUUGUUUCUUUCAAACAUGGCCAGAAAAUGUCACAGAGAUGAGGUUUCUGGUAGCGCUGGUUGUCAAUACUAGACAUGAAAAUGGAAGCAUGAAAACAAAUGUUAUUAUUGAUUACAAAAGUUAUCAAAUGGGAACUGAUUCAUUUUCUAAACCAGCUAAUAAAUACAUUGUUUUGAAAUGUUGACAUGAAACCAUUGAAAUUUGAAGUUAUGAAGAUGAACUGCAG